CAUCAGGAAUGGCUUUGGGGUCCCACCUGUCCAUGGAGGUCAUCUUGCGCAAGAAAGACGGAUUCGUCGCCUUGAAGGAGUUUGAGGACGACCGUCGGGCGCGGGUGGAUGCCUUCCGCUCACUCAUGGCGCCGCUCAACAAACGGGCAUUCGCUAUGCUCGAUGAUGCCAAGGGUGAGCCAAAACCACCGGCAAAACCAGAUCUUUCAGAGUCUCACCAUCAGCACCAUGUGUGGUUGUGUGCUCAGCGAUGGUGAGUGGCGUGGCCACGGCGCUGACCCAGCGGCUGCAGAUGGACAAGGCGUACAUCGACAGCCUUCGGAGGUCCGUCCCGCAUCGGUCCCUGAGCAUGGAGUCGACAAGAGGCGGCAGACGGCAGCAGACCCACCCGACACAAACAUCGCCGCCCAGCCGGCAGAGCAGCAGCGCCAGCAGCACUGGGGGCGAGGGCGGCAGCGGGGGAGGGAAGAUCGACUGCUCGGGCGCCAACACCGUCAAGGAGGCGCUGCGUGAGCUGAAUCGGCAGCAGGCUCUGCAGAUGGAAGACUUCGUCAAGGUCGCCUCAGAGGACCUCAUACAGGGUGGGUGGGUGAGCGAGAGCCUCGUGUGCGUAAAUAAAGGGAGAGAAGGCAUCUGCGUGUUGCGUUGCAUCACACGUGUGUGUGUUCUUGCGUUGUGUCAGGUGGUCUCCAGCGUGCUGCGGUAGAGUAUGCCCGUGUGUCCAAGCAGCACACGGACCGAGUGGCUGCCGCAUGGAGCCUCCUCGAAACCACAGAAAAAGACUGCAGGCAAGCCCCAGACACAAACACACACACACACGCACACACACGCCCACUUGUUGCGAUCGUGUGUGAUGGAUGCGAUGCAGGCAAAAAUGGGAUGAGUAUGAGCGUCUGUUUCGCGCGGUAGAGUCAACCCAGGUCAUGAGCCUCCACCCACCGCAUGACGACGACCACGGCAGCAGCAGCCAGGGCGGCCGGGAAGGAGGAGGGGGUGCGAGGGACUGUUGGCUGCUGGAGCGGUUCUACACCAAUGCCGCCACACAAUCGAGAGUGGCGCAGGACGCCUACCUCAAGGCCUUCCAACAGUUCCUUGCCGACUUUGAGCAGCUGGAGCAGGUCAGGUGUGGCGAAUGGGCGCGCAGACGGUGCGAAAUACAUUACCGUGUGUGUGUGUGUGUGUGUGGUGCAGUGGCGGUGUCAGACGGUCCGCCACACGGUGAAUCAGUUCCUGCAGAAGCUCAAAGUCACGACCACCCACGUGUCGUCGUCCAUCGACGCCUCGCUCACACUGAUGCAGGCACUAGACCCUGCAAAAGUGUCAGUGGCCAAGAUGAUGCACUCCGAAGACCCCUUCGCAAGGUACGUACGUACAGCACCCACCACCACAGAUCCACAGAUCGGCUUCCUUGCUCAUCUGUCCGCUGUUCCUCUUUUCUACCGGGCAGCCCCGCUCCUCCCCACAACCCAGCAGAGGCCGACGCGGGUCAGUCGGCCCAGCAGCGGUCUGCACGGCGAGGGUCGGCGUCCAGGAGGCCCCCACUGCCACCCCAGCAGCAGCAGCAGAUGCAGCAGACAAGGGUAGAGGACGAGACCAGUGUGGCCCUGUCGGCCUUUCUCAGUCAGGCGGAGGAGCUGACGAAACUCCCAAACCCGCCACAGACGUCCCUCGUCAAGAAAGCGGGUGAGAAAGGGUGUUUGUGUUUGUGGUGUGUGUGGGUCGGUGAUGCAUUGAGCCAGUUCGUCCCGGGAUGAGAUCAUUGGUUUUGUGUGCCUUUGACGUAGGCAUCGUCAAGCGGCCGACGAGUGGUCUGUUCCAGCGUCAGAAGGACGGUGUGCUGGUGCUGACGUAUGACCGUUUCCUCCACCUGUUCAAGAGCGAGGCCGACCCUCUCCCAGCCACCUCCGUCUCUCUCGACCUCUCCACCGUGUCUGUCGUCCAAGACCACAACCAGCCGUCCCCUCCCCCUGCCCCUCCGUCUGCCUCUGCCAGCAGUGGCAGUGCCACGCCCACCGCCAUCCCCACGAUAGAGGUGCAGGAGACCAAACGCGUCGGCCCCUUCCGGAUGUUCAGCUCCAACAAGCGGCUGGUGUUCACCCCACUCACGGCCGGCGAGGCCUCAUCGUGGCUGGAGAUCCUCAAGGGCGGCAGUGCUGCUGCUGGUCGUAGUGCUACCGCCCAGCGGCCACCCCCGCCCGCUUUGCCGCUGGGCACGCCCCCACCUGCUGGCAGCGAGCAGGACGGCGAUGGCGCGACGAAGGUGGAGCCCUCGCUGGGCGACCACGGGUCGUUCCCCUCCACCCCCAGCCCAUUUGACACCUCGCAGGAAGGACCCCUCCUGCCAGAGAAGGAGGAGGGGACCCUCAGUGCUGCAGGGCAAGACACCCUUACCAACGGAGGAGAGGCGGGGGCUGCGACAAACGACACACAUCAUGAAGAAGAGGGCGGCCAGGAGAGGGCGGCGAUGGUGUUUGACGACCCGCCAAGGCCCCCACCCCCACCCGCGGUGCCAGUGGAUCUGAGCAGCACAGUGGAGAGGCGGCAGAUGGACAACGGCGGGCCAUCGCUGGACGACGGCACUGGAGAUGCAGAAGGUGGGCGGGUGAAUGGGUAGUGCGCACAGUACAGGCAGACAGACAGACAGGGAGAUAGACAGGUAGGCUGCAUGGCCUGGCUGCAGAGUGCCGUGCCGUGCCGUGUCGUGAGCUGACUGGCCAUCCGCUCUCCCUCUCCCUCACGUCUGUCUGUCUGCCUGUGUUAUGAAUGCCGUGGUGGUCUGCAUCACCCAUUAUUCAUUCAGGCAGCAAGAGAGGCCACAACCCCCCGCCCCCAUCAGCAAGCCAGCCGUCCACCCGCGCAGCCACCACCAUGGCUGAGGAUAGUCAUGGCAGCGAGUCACCCCCCUGUCUGCCUCCUGCCUUCAUCGCAGACCCCUUUCCCUUUGUCGUGCCCCCCGCCCCUGGUGUGGGUGUGGGUGUGUGUUGCCCUGCAGAUAUCGGAGGCGACUUUGGGACGGGCAGGGCUCAGGAGGCUAUGUCACCGCUGCCUUCGAUCGAAGACGGCGAGAGCGUAGGUGGAUAGGGGGGAGGGAGGGUGGUUGAUAAAGCGGAUGGGCCUCUUGGUUCGUGUGUUGCUUAGCGUCUCGACUGCUUAGAUGUCUGCGUGGUAGUGAUACGGACAAAGCGUUUUUUGGGUGUGGACCCGUUUAUUGUCAUCAAGUCUCAG